GGCUCUUGACGGCUUCGCCAUUUAGGGCUUGUCAGUAGGGUUUUUGAGGCGGAGGAGAAAUCUCGGCGCCAUGGGGCACACCGCUGUGUGGAACUCGCAUCCGAAGAAGUAUGGACCUGGAUCUAGGCAGUGCCGGGUCUGUGGGAAUGGCCACGGCCUCAUUCGCAAAUACGGGAUAAUGUGCUGCAGACAGUGCUUCAAGACUUACGCCAAGGACAUUGGCUUCAUCAAGUACCGGUAGAGUGAAAUCGAGCUCCAGGAAGUUCUCAAUCUAGGAAAAAUGGAUCCGCGAGAGAGGCGAUCGAAAUUUUGACAAGAAAAAAAAAACCAUGUAGCUUGAGUUCUUCCCGGAAUGAAAUUGUUCUCUGUUUUUCCUUGAUCGAA